AGAUUCAUCUUUCGAUUUGUCAUCGAUAGUUAUUUGUGAAUACAUUUGAAGAUUUUAAGUAGUUUUACUGUGAUGCCUCUUGAAUUGCGAGAGAUGUCAUCACUUACUUAACCUUACGACGCAGCAUAACUAACUAACUAACUAGCUACUAGCCAUUAUUGUUGUGCUAUGGCGUUCUUGUGAUAUGUGCUAGCCAUUCUUGUGCUAUUGACAGAAGCACGUAGCCAGCGCUUGCUGACUGUCUCUAAUCUUCUGUCAAUAGCAACUGUGGCUGAAUAGCCGAUUUCAUCGAUCUCAUCCAUAAUGUUGCCUAAAUUCCAGUGCCCCCGUCUGUUACAAAACCUACACAAGCUUGCUACUGUCAGUGACAUACCUUAUCAUUGAAUCAUGAGUCCCCCCAGUUAAAUGUUCAGGAGGAGCUGUUACAGCCUCAACCACUGUCUCUACGCAGCCAUGUCACGCCUGGAGCCGGAGGAGAGCGGGCCUGCGCCCGGCCGGGAGGUGGACAUGUGGUCUUUGGUGCGUUGCCUGGGUUACCUGUCCAGUUUCAACCUGAUGGUGGCAGUAUGCCUGGGCCUGUACGUGCGCUGGGAGCAGACGGACGAGCCCAUGAUCCUUGUCAUCUUCAUCCUGGGUCUCUUCAUCCUGGGCAUCGCCAGCAUCCUUUACUACUACUUCUCCAUGGAGGGGGCCAGUCUCAGCCUCUUCCACCUGUGGUUUAGCUUCCUUCUGGGCCUCCUGUGCUUCCUCAAUAGUCCCUCGCUGGAGGAUAAUGUGAAGGAGCAGGCUACUAACUACCUGCUGCUGGCUAGUGUGGCUUUGAGGACAGUGUGGGCCUUAACAGAUAGGAUAAUGGGCUGUGUUCACUAUAAACCCACCCUGCUCUCGUCCAAGGAGCUCCUAGAACUCCUGGGCUUUGGCAUUGCCAGCACCACCAUGCUGAUGCACAAAUCUAUGGCCUUCAUUGCCCUAGUGGUGGCGCUGGGGGCUCUGAUCGUGGGCCUGCGUGUGAAGUCCCUCCUAGCCCUGCCCAACUUGGCCUGCUUCACCCUGGUCACCUCCCUGCUGUUUUUCAAGGCCGUGGGGAUAACCACCAACCCCUUCGCCCUGGGCUGCUACCUGGGCCGUCUGAUCUGUGACCCCCUCUUGGAUGUCUACUUCAGCAGCCUAGGGGCCACCGAGCGCUGGCUGCCCCUGCUUUCCUGGGGGCGUGUCUGGUGUCGACUCUCCCUGCUCCCCCUGGGACUUGUGGAGAUGGCCUUCUUCGUCCUAGCCGCUCUAAAGAUGAGCCAUCUGGAACUGUGGUACCUGGUGAUCCCUGGAUUCUGUGUGUUUGGCCUGUUCUGGACAGUCUGCCACGUGGUGCUGCUGAUCACACUGUGGGGCUUCCACACCAAGCUGAGUGACUGUCAGAAGGCGCGCUCAGUCCAGCAGUCAGACUCACGAAGCCUGGACCGGGUCAUGGCCUCGCGGGGGAUGAGACACUUCUGCCUGAUCUCUGAACGCCUGGUCUUCUUCAGCCUGGUGUCCACAGCCAUUCUGGCAGCUGUGUCCUGGCAGCCCUCCAAUGGUGUGUUCAUAAGUGUGUUCCUGGUGGUCCUCCCUCUGGAGUCUCUGGCCCACGGGCUCUUCCAUGAGCUGGGCAGCUGCCUGGGGGGCACAUCUGUGGGCUACGCUGUGGUCGUCCCUACCAGCUACAGCAGGCCAGAUGGCCAGCCCACCCUCCUACCUCCGGUCCAGGUGCAGGAGCUGAACGUGCUCUCCACGGGCAUGUUGAACAGUGUGCAGCACCUCUUCUCCCACCACAUGAUUGAGACUUUUGGCUGUGACUACUCCACCAGCGGGGUGACUUUGGAGGCCCUGCAGGCCAAGCUCAAGGCCUUCCUGGAGCUUUGCACGGCCGACGGGCCCCGCCAUGAUACAUACGUGGUGUUCUACAGCGGGCAUACGCAGCGCACCGGGGCCUGGGCACUGGCAGGAGGAGACUCUCUGCGUCUGGAGCAGCUGCUGGAGUGGUGGAAGGAGAAGAACAGCGGCUUCACCUCCCGUCUCAUCCUGGUCCUGGACACAGAGAACUCCAUGCCCUGGGUAAAGGAGGUCCGCAGGAUGGAGGGAGUCUAUGUGGCUGUGCAAGGGGCCGAGCUCGCCCCCGCCGGCGACAUCGAAGGCGGGGUCGCCCCCCGCCUUGGGGACUUCACUUCGGAGUGGGUGGAGUUCAACUGCAACCCGGACAGCGCCACCCAGUGGUCGGAGAAGGGCAGGAUGGUGGCGGCGGCCUACGGCGUGUCGAAACACUGGAGCGACUACACGCUCCAUCUUCCCACGGGGAGCGACGUGGCCAAGCACUGGAAGACCCACUUCCCCCAGGCUACCUAUCCUCUGGUGCACCUAUCCAACUGGUGCUGUGGGCUCAACCUCCUCUGGCUGUGUGUAGUGUGUCUGAGGUGCUUCAGGCGACUCAAACUGGGCUGGUUCCCUCCCAAUAUACUGGACACGGGACAGGGCAUCAAACUGGUCCACUCAUAGACUGACUGAGCUGUAUGUCUGCCUGGGAGAUCACUUGCCUGACCACUCACCCUGAAUUGAAUUCCUCUGCUCUAUCAAUCGCUACAUACAGUCAGUCUGAAACUACCAUCCUAGAAGUUGUUUGUGUGACUUCAAAACCAAUGAAUCAGUGAUUGGUUAGAUUUGUUUAUGGCAAUCCAGUCAGAGAAUCAAAGUUGAUAACGUCAUCAGGUAAGCAGGCUCUGGCCCAACCCAUCGGUUUCUGGGACCAAUCAGAUUGGUCAGAUUGUGUUUGCAUUCUAGAAAUCGUCGGGGAGGGAGGCAAAUCCAGACUCAUCGUGGAGAAGAAACGUCAGUUGGCCGGAGCAAUGUGGAUGGGUAGCCAGGCAAGGAGAUCACAAGGGAGUUUCAGCAGGUAGCCUAGUGGUGUUGGGCCAGUAACCAAAAGGUUGUUGGUUCAAAUCCCCGAGCCGACUAGGUGAACAAUCUGUCUAUGUGCCCUUGAGCAAGGCACUUAACCCUAAUUGCUCCUGAAAGUCUCUCUGGAAAAGAGCGUCUGCUAAAUGACUCAAAUGUAAAUGUGUUGACAAUCAUCAGUAUCUAUGGUAAGCCAUGUGUAGACAAUCACCAAUAGUACAUGUGGUAAAGUGAUCACCACAAUAGGCCUGAUUUCUAUGGUAAAGCUAUAUCCAUCACCGCAAUCAGUCUUAUCGCCAUGCUAGUAUGGGCCUUGUUUCCAAUGGUAUAAGUAGACAUUCUCCACAAUAUUCUGUGUAUCUAUGGUUUACUGACAUCCACCCUAUGUGCCUUGUUACUUUGUAAAUUGAACUUUCGUGGGACAUUGUACUUUAUUGUGAAAAUGCAAUAUAUCAUUAUUUCAUAAGUGUUUUUUUCUGGGAAGACAUUUGUAAUUGUUUAUUUCCGCUUUGGAAACUGAUAGUAUACAGGUUUUACCAUUUGAAAAUGUCUAGCCAAAGAUUUUGGGACAGAUUUUCAAGAGUCUUGGCCAGUGUCUUGCCUUGCGUUUUGGUCUUGGUUUCUAUUGACUGACUAUUUGAAAUCAUGAGAUGAUUUAUUACCUUAUUUUAGCACCACAUUCUGUUCUAUUAGAUGGAUUACAACAAAAUGUGGUUAAUUCAUUGAUUCGUUUUUUAAACAUGAAUUGAGGAAAUGUGCUGCGUCAGUGUGAGUAGGAGGAGGAAGUGUUGACAAUUGGUCGGCCUGACAGGAUCUAUAUAGCUGCAGGGAUAUACAGUACACAGCUCCCUGCCUGGCGCCACUUUGCUGCAGUUGUUUUGGCGUCGAAUCCACUGUAAAAACAAUGACUCACCACAUGUAGCCUAUCAUUGCAUCAUAAACCGUUCACUGUGCCCUCAUUGGUUUCGAUGGCCAUGGUGACCCAUAUUGGCCAACCUUUCUGCUUCAUUUGGUGAUUGUCUUGCUCUCUCUCUCUCUCUCUGUGAUGCUGCCUUUAUGAUACACUGUGAUGUUUAUGCUACAAAGGUCAAAUUGUAUUAUUCUACAUAUAAAUGAAAGCCAAGCCUUUUGUCUCGCUAUGUCUUCGUUGUCCUGAUUUGAACCAUUGUGAUGCCUCAUCUCAGAUUAUGCUAGAAUAAUAAAGUGAAUAUGUGAAAAGUU